CACCUCCGAUGCGCUCCCUCCUUCCCCAGGGAUUGGAGCAUGCCAAUGGAAAAGGAGACCCUCCCUCUUCAGUUGACAGGGAGGGUAGAAACAGGGCAAUAAAAGACCCCCACAGCCUCGAAGCUGGGUCAUUCGGUUGCACCGGCUGCAGGUCCUCUUCGCCCUUCUUUCGUGGCCGCGUGGGUGGAUCUUCCCUUCCUAUGAGCCCAUCCGGCGAGGAAGCCUUUGAGGACCAUCUCCGAGGAAGUCGGAAUUCAGAUGGGGAAGAAAGUCCCGGCUUCUUGGGCCAAAGCAGCCGGGGACUCUGGACCCGUCCGAAGGAAAGCCGGAGCGACGGCGCCGGGAGCAGCCAGCCCACCGGAGCAACGGUGGCAGCUGCAGCGGCGACGGCCCCCGAGGGGCUGGCCAAGCCCCCUUACUCCUACAUCGCGCUGAUCACCAUGGCCAUCCUGCAGAGCCCGCAGCAGCAGCUGCCUCUCAGCGGCAUCUGCGCCUUCAUCCGCGGGCGCUUCGCCUACUACGGCCGGCGCUUCCCCGCCUGGCAGAACUCCAUCCGCCACAACCUCUCGCUCAACGACUGCUUCGUCAAGGUGCCCCGCCAGCCCGGCAGUCCCGGCAAAGGCCACUUGUGGCGCCUCCACCCGGCCUCGCAGGGCAUGUUUCACAACGGCAGCUUCCUCAGGCGCAGGCAGCGCUUCAAGCGGCCCGCGUCCUCCGCCGCCGCCGCCGCCGGGAUCCUGCUCUUCCCGCCUCCCCCUGGUGGUGCCUUGCUGCCUCCGGCGGUCGGGCUUCUUCCCGCCUGUUCGUCGCCGCCGCCGCCGACGGAAAAAAGUGCGGGGGCGGCCUCAGUGGCCGAAGAAGCGGGGAAGGGGCGCCAUGGUCCCGGGGAAGAAGAAAAGCGGGCCCCGGGGGAGAUCGGCCAGCAGGGCGGCGACGGCAGCAGCAGCAGGUGCUCCUUCAGCAUCGAGAGCAUCAUGAAGACGGCGCCCGCCCUGGUGCAGCUGAGCGCUUGGAUCCCUUCGUCUGCCGCCGCCAUCUGCAACCGCAGCCCGGCUCUGCUCUCCCGCCCGGAACGCUUCGUAGCCUUGUGGAGGACCUUGCUGGCUCCCGGCACCGGUCAGGGUCCUGCAGCGCUGUUCGCGGGUCACUCAGAGUUGACCCUCAGUCCGUCUCCUGCCUUUUAGAUCCGCGCUCCCUUUCUCUCAUCGGACUUUGCAAAUCGCUUGCAGGCGGCAGUUUCAAGGACACGUCGGAUCUUUAAUUUGACCUCCGAUUGCUCUGCUUUAGCACACCCCUCCCCCCAAACUGAAGAGGUGGCUCCUUAAAUUCUGAAAGUCACUUUCCAGGUCUCCCUCUUUCUCACCACACCGAUGAGGGUGUCUGAUUACCCUCCUGGGGUGAAGCACAGCUUCCUACAUAACGAAAAUUACAUCCUUCUGCAGGCAGUGACUGAGCAAAGUUUACAUGUGCCUAACAUCUAAGGAUCCACUUUAAUGCAGUGUUGAAGUGAAGUGUGACUGAACUAAAAAAAAGAAAGCAGACUAUCCUGAUUUCCAAUCAGAAUUGGAUUGGAGCUGAAUUCAUGUCAAGGGACCGCUUCAUUGAUUGUCAACAUUUUAAAUAAAAACAGAAAUAGACAACUGAGAUGAAAGGGCUAAAUUGAUAAAAGAUGUUCCAUUUUAUGAAGAGCAUGAGGCACUUUGAUUCCCAGGUUUUGCAUUUACCUCCUUAUAGCAACUUGUUUGUGUUUCCUUGCAGCUCAGCAGAACACUCAUUCCUCUUUUUUCUUAAAUAUUGUGGGUUAUUCUGGAGACAAUAUUAGUCUGGUCCUUUUCAUCUGUCCUCCCAUGCCUACCUAUAUAAUGCUGUAUUCCUCAUUAAUGAUUGUAAUCACUCACAUUAAACCUAUAUAACACCUAAAAUCCAAGAAAUUAACCAAGUUUUAAGCUGAUCCAAAGAGAGACUAGCUCCACACAGAGACCAGAAGUCCAGGAAUCUUCCAUUAGAUUUGUUUGUCAAACAUCAACAGGUUUAGAGAAACUAAAAAUUAUCACUUUUUGUUAUUCCUUACAUUCUACUUUCAGCUAGUUGGUUCAACAUUCCUCCUAAUUCUCAGCAACUAUAAGUUUUGAACUGAAAAGAUCUCUGUCUGCAUUUCUAUUUCUAUAUAGAUUUCCCAUCCCUUAGUUUAUUCUUUUUAUAAAGCAUCAAAACGUAUUUUGAACUACAAGCGAACAAUUAUACCAUGUUUCCCUGAAAAUAAGACCGUCUUAUAUUUUUUUGAACCCUGAAAUAAGCACUUGGCCUUAUUGCCAUGCACUCAAAAGCCCGAUUGGGCUUAUUAUCAGGGGCUGUCUUAUUUUGGGAGAAACAGGGUAGUACUAUGAGUUAGAGUGUUUUUGGCACCGAAGUCAAAUAUAGGUACUUGUCAUAUGAACAGAUUGCUCUUCUUGGAGAAUAGAUCAGUAUGUAUUAUACAAUCUGUUCUAGGCCUCAAAAAGUAUCCUAUUUAAUUUAGUUCAGUAAUAUAUCCCACAGCAAAAUUUCAAAGGUCAGCUAUUAAUACAAUCAACUUCUAUUUCUGGAAUGGAGGGAACCUCAUUUUAUUAUUUGCUUCAGACAACAAAAUAGUUUUGGAUGGAUUUUUCUUCAAUUCAAUAAAAAAAAGUUCAUGGAGAGCAGACUGCAGGGAGGUUAAGAUAAAGAUUUCCACUAACCCAGUUCAUCUGCUGGGGUAGAUGGAGAAUUAAGCAUCCUAUGUCAUCUGCUUGCUUUUUAAUAUCUAAUCUAUUUCCAUCCUGUGUUUUAUACAUGAAUCUGGGAGAUCUGGAUUUUAUCAAAACAAACUGUUAUUACCUCUGUGAGACUUAUGUAAAGGCAAACUGUGUUACACAGAAUCAAACAAUAAAUUAAGAUAGUAAAAAACAUUUUUGUGAAAUUGAGAAAGUUAUCUUUUUAAUGUUCUGCACAUUUACAAUAAAGUAGUAGAUCAGAGAAGGAGCGAUA